GAAAAAGGCGUCCAAAGAGGGGCGCUGCUAUGUGCCGAUCUGGUCGGUGCGGAUGGGGCUGCCGCACACCCCGCGCGCCCCCUGGGUACUAACUGGGCCGCAGCCCAACAUCAGGCCAGUACUUGUACUUUCUCGAUCGAUUAGCUUAGCUUACCUCCCUUGGCGACAAGAUCUCGCAUCUCGAUUGAGAUUCUGCACGUGGCUUGAUGCAGCGGAGUCGUCGUCGUUCGCUCACUGAUCGUCUUAAUCUGCACUCGGAGGAGUGACUGAGCCUCAUUGCCAGGUGCGAGCUUUGCCUCACUGAUCACUAGGUCCCUCAUUCCCCCCUCCCAAACAGAGCAACCGGAGAUGGAGUCGCCGCCGCGCGUGUGCGUCACCGGAGGUGGCAGCUACAUCGCCUCCUGGCUUGUCAAGCUGCUCCUCUCCCGCGGCUACGGCGUCAACACCACCGUCCGCAACCCCUGUGACCCCAAGAACGCGUGCCUGGCACAACUGGAGGGAGCCCCGGAGAACCUGCGGCUCUUCAAGGCAGACAUGCUCGACUACGACACGGUGGUGGCCGCGUUCGCUGGCUGUGUGGGCGUCUUCCAUGUUGCCACUCCUGUGCCCGAACAAAAGAUGGUUGAUCCCCAGAAAGAGAUGAUGGAUCCGACUGUCAAGGGCACCGUGAAUGUGCUCAAGGCCUGCUCAGCUACCAACGUUAAGAAACUCGUUCUGGUUUCGUCCGCAGCCUCUCUUUGCUUUAACCCAGAUUGGCCUGAAGAUAAAAUCAAAGAUGAGAGCUGCUGGUCAGACAAAGAGUUCUGCACAGAAAAUGAGAACUGGUAUUCUCUGGCCAAGACCGAAGCUGAAGAGAUAUCACUGGAAUACGGACAGAAGAACGGGUUGCACGUCGCCACAUUCUGUCCCGGUCUGGUCUUCGGCCCUCUGUUGCAGCAUGUGGCGCUCAAUACCAGCAGCAAGGUUCUCCUCUACAUCAUAAGAGGCGGACCUGACACAAUGAACAACAACUUCUGGCCCAUAGUCGACGUUCGUGAUGUCGCAGACGCAUUAUUCCUGAUAUACAACAAAGCAGGGCCAUCCGAGAGAUACAUAUGCUCAUUAGACCAAAUGGACUUAAAAGAUCUGCUGCGAACCUUGAAGAGCAUGUACCCUAACUACAGUUAUGCAGAUAAGAUGGUUGAUGUGGGUUGUAAGGCUGCAAUGACUUCGGAUAAACUGAAGAAUCUAGGGUGGAGACCAAUGAAGCUAGAGGAAAUGCUCGCAGAUAGCGUGGAGUCCUAUGAAAAGGCUGGCCUCCUUCAGGUUUCGGAUGGUGAGCCUUGCCGGCUUCCAUUCUUCUAUCGUAUGCCGCCGGUCCAGGAAUGAAUAGGACACCACCGUGCCAUUAAUUCCGAUUUUGCUCGAACAUCAUCGAGUGUGUUUGGCAAGAAUAAGGACGGGGGCAGCUCUCAUGCCUCGGCUCAUCUGCUGGCCAUUCAGAAUGGAUGCAGAUGCAUCUUGUACGUGUCUGAUUUUUUUUAAUGAUUCUUCCGAUGAGAAAUUGUAUUUCACACGCUGUUUUGAUCAAAUUGAUUCUGUUAUGCUGUAAGGAAGAAUGAUGUAUGUUGA